UGAAAAUGCUUUAGUAAUUCAUAAUUUCUCUUGAACGUAACAUCUAAAAUGCAGCUUGUAAGAAAAACAAUUUGCUAGUCCUAUAGGCCUACUUCUCAGCAUGUGGUGGACCAGGUCCACACGAAAAAAAUUGCCAUGGCUUGUUCAAUAUAUACUAGCUCUUAUUUUCGUCAACGUGUCCUCAUUAACUGACAAUAAGCUUGACGAAAACAUGGUUUUAUCCAGACACAAAAGAGUGGUUGGAGGUUCGGACGCUGCUGUAGGGAAACACCCAUGGGUAGUUAGGAUAGACAACGGUGGUAAAACGUGCACAGGAACUCUCAUUACACCCUGUCACGUCCUAACGGAAUCAAAAUGCAUAAAGAAUGACAAUGGAAUAAAAAUGUAUCUCGGUGAAAAUCAAAAAGAUGAUGCUAAUGUCCAGAUUGUCACAGAAAAGGUACCAAGAGUGAUCGAUAAGGCAAAAAGUGUAACAAUUACGAUAACUCUUCUCGCAUCCUGCGUUGAUGUAAACGAAUUUGUCGCACCUAUAAAUGUAGCAAAUGAACGAAUUGUUGAUGACACUCCAGCGACUGUAUAUGGCUGGGGCGAGACGAUUCCACAAUCAAAUGUGUUACAAAGGGCAAGAGUUGUUUCAAAAACUGAUGAGUGUUUGUCAAGAUUUGACCCAUCUAAACUUUUUGGGAUGUUGUGUGCUUAUGAAAAUAUCAAGAGUAUAGGAGACGAAGGUGGACCAAUGGUAGUUCCGGGGAUUGACGACCAGCCAUGUUUGGUUGGUUUGACACAGAACAAUCGGGAUCUCACUGACACAACCGACCAAACUCCUGUAACCGUAUCCACAUUUACAGAUGUAACAAUUGGAAAAAUUGUCAAACUGAUUGGAACAUUUAUUGGAGCUAAUCCUUGUGAUUGUGGAAAAGGUUUAACUAAUUGUAAACCAGCAUUACCAGAAUCGCCAACUGAUAGUACUAACACUUCACCUACCGACUUAGUCACUGUACCAACGUCACUUUCUGAGAUCACUUCAGAGCCCGAAUCGGUCCAAACGACAAUUUCUUCUGUAGUCACGGAUACGCACCCAUGGCUUGCUCGAAUAGAAAAUGGAAGGAAGCAGUGUUCUGGAACAUUGAUUACACCAUGUCACAUUAUAACAAAGAAGACUUGUGUGAAGAAGAACAAUGGUUUAACAGUAUAUUUAGGAGAAGAAAGUCCAAAUGAUGUUAACGUUCAGUCAAUCGGAGAACUCGAUCCCAGAAGGACUGCAAAUAACGACGGUCUCUCAAUUAUAGUGCUUCAACUUGAGAAAUGUGUCGAAAUCAAUGAGUUUGUUGCGCCUAUAAAUGUUGCAGAUUUGCGAAUAGUUGAUGAUUCAGCGGCCUAUGCUCAUGGUUGGGACAAAUCGGUUCCUUCUAAGACACCCAUUAUUACCAAAACUAAUGACUGCAUUGCUCGAUUCGGGGCACAGACAUUCAGUGGAUUGUUAUGUGCAUAUGAAACACUGCCUUCAACGUUUCAACUCGGCGGUCCUUUGGUAAUCACUGGAGAUGAUGACAAGCCUUGCAUGGUUGGUCAAAAUCACAAAAAUCUCGUCGUCACAGACCUGUCAUCGGGAUCUACUGUAACUGUUUCCACGUUUAUUGAUCU